CAGAUUCACAAAAUAUCCGCUGUUUAGUCGUAUUUACCCGGUCGAAGUGUAGAGCAAGCAAUAAGACGGCAGCGAUCGUAACGGGCGAGCGUAUAGCGCUAGUUAAAGUGUUAACACACUCGAGCCGUACCGAAACGUAACAGAGCCCAAAUUGAAAUAAAUUAUAUACAAAACAUUGCUAGUGUGAUUUCGAAAAAUAAACAACUAUUUUAUAAUUUAAGUAAUAUUUCAAAAACUGAUUUCGUGCUAUAAUUAUAUUGCACAAUAAAUAAUAUUUUAGCACGACCACUAAUUGCUAUAAAAUCAUGAAUGUAAAAGUGCUUUUGAUUUGUUUUGGCGUGCUAAUAUUGAGCUGUCAAGUGUGUGAUGGCCGACGUGGACGUGGUCGAGGACGCACCAAAUCGCGAGUACAAAUCGGUUUACCCAUAACGGGCAAAUAUCGCGAUCCUGAGUCGGAUCAGUAUUACAACAAUAAUAAUGGCGCUAAAAUUUUGCAAGCCUCGCAUUUCGAUUAUGAAUACGUUUUGGGUCAUAAAAUUGCUUUCCUUUGCGUGGCCAAAGGUAAUCCACGUCCACAUAUAACCUGGUACAAAGAUGGCACAGAGAUUUUUCAACAUCUCUACAUGCAUGUACAUGAGUGGCGCAUUGGCGAGGAUAAAGUAAAAUCGAAAAUCGAAAUCGAUCCGGCCACACAAAUGGAUGCCGGUCUUUAUGAAUGCACUGCUGAUAAUAUGUACUCGAUUGAUCGGCGUAGUUUCAAAACAGAUUUCUCUAUUGCUUUCGAUUAAUUUAAUGGUGUUUGCAUUUUUAUAAUACUAUCAUAGCUUUUUCAUACUAAAAAUAGCUUUACUGUGCAGCGUUAUUUUAGGCCGUUAAUACAGUUUUACAAAUAAAAUUUAGUUUUAAAAUAAAUAAA